AUGUCGUCCAUUCUGGAGCAAAGGAUUUAUGGAACAAAUGGAACACCAAGCCUUGCUGAAACGGGACAUGUGCUGUCUGUUUGUGAUGGUAUAGUUCGCGCGCGUGGGCUGAUUAAUGUGCAGGCCGAAGAACUCGUUGAAUUUGAAUCCGGAGUGAAAGGCAUGUGCAUGAAUCUGGAGGCUGCCUAUGUUGGUAUUGUGCUUUUUGGCCCUGAUCGUCUUGUCAAACAGAGUGAGACUGUUCGACGCACUGGCGAGAUUGUCAGAGUUCCCGUGGGCCCUCAGAUGCUAGGGCGGGUGGUUAAUGCACUGGGAGAUCCUAUCGAUGGGAACGGGCCUAUCGAGACGCUCAAAAAGAGUCGUGCUCACCUCAAGGCACCUGGAAUCCUGCCUCGCCGCUCCGUCAACCAACCUGUCCAGACAGGUAUAAAGGCGAUUGAUGCCAUGGUGCCUAUUGGUAGAGGUCAACGUGAAUUGAUUAUUGGUGACCGCCAAACUGGGAAAACUGCUAUUGCUUUGGACACCAUUCUGAACCAACGGAGAUGGAUUAAUUCAGAUGACGAGUCGAAAAAGUUAUAUUGCAUCUAUGUAGCUGUGGGGCAGAAACGGUCCACCGUGGCUCAGUUCGUGAAGACUUUGGAGGAAAAUGAUGCCAUGAAAUACACAGUCAUUGUGGCCGCUACGGCGUCUGAAGCCGCGCCUCUUCAGUAUAUUGCGCCUUUCGCCGCGUGUGCUAUGGGAGAGUGGUUCCGAGACAAUGGUCUACAUGCUAUCAUCAUCUAUGAUGAUUUGUCAAAGCACGCAGUGGCCUACCGUCAGAUGUCGUUAUUGCUUCGUCGGCCACCGGGACGCGAGGCGUACCCAGGAGACGUCUUUUACCUUCAUUCUCGCCUCCUUGAGCGUGCAGCAAAGCUGAAUGAUGAUUAUGGCGGCGGUUCUCUCACUGCUCUUCCCAUCAUUGAAACUCAAGGUGGGGAUGUGUCAGCCUAUAUCCCCACGAACGCUAUUUCUAUCACGGAUGGUCAGAUAUAUUUAGAACCGGAACUGUUUUACAGAGGCAUUCGUCCUGCGAUUAAUGUCGGACUCUCUGUUUCCCGGGUAGGUUCUGCAGCGCAGCUGAGAGCCAUGAAACAAGUUGCUGGUUCACUCAAGCUCUAUCUUGCGCAGUACCGGGAGAUUGCCGCAUUUUCCCAGUUUGGUUCGGAUCUAGAUGCAAAUACCAAGCAAACCAUCAGACGCGGUGAGCGUUUAACAGAGCUUUUGAAACAAAAGCAGUACGCACCAUUGCCUGUGGAAGAGAUGGUGCCCUUAGUAUAUGCUGGUAUCAACGGCUUUCUUGACAGGCUACCCGUCAGCCAAAUCUCGCGCUGGGAAGCCGGCCUCCUGAUCUAUUUCAGAAAGUAUUGGCCUCAUGUGCUUCGCAAGAUCGAGAAGGAUGGACACCUGAGCCAUGAUCUGGAAGAUCAAAUCAAGGAGAUAAUCAUGACAUUCAACAAAACCUUCUCGUAA